GGAGGAAAAAGCUUGAGACUCUUACAAGCAAGCAGGCGGCAUUGACCAACAGAGUGGAGGACAUGCAGCAGCAAGGUUCCGAACAUGCGCGCCGCAUCGAAGCGCUCGAACAAAAACUGACUGAAACGCAGAAGAGCAAUGAGAAAUUGGCUGCUAAAAUAGACGAAUUGGAAGGGCGCUCAAGACGUAAUAACGUAAAAAUAGUAGGGAUACCAGAGCAAGAAGAAAAGGGAAGACUUACGGAUUUCGUUGCGGACCUGAUACCAAAGUUGUCUGGAGCGAGUAACUUCUCCAUGCCAGUGGUGGUGGACCGUGCGCACCGUGUCCCGUUUGCUCGCUAUGCUGACGGCAAUCGCCCCAGGAGCAUCAUCGCAAGAAUACACUUCUACCAGGACAAGGAGCUACUUCUUCGACUGAGCCGCGGCCAGGAGCUGAUCUACAACGGCCUGCGCGUCUUCCUGUUUCCAGACUACACUGCCGAGGUGACAGCGCAAAGACAGGCCUUUCGAGAGAAAUGAACAUGCUGCGGGAGAAGGAAAUCAAGUUUAUGCUACGUUUUCCAGCUCGCCUGCAUGUGGAGUACAACGACCAGAUCCAUGAGCAUGGAGAGCACUUUAAGCGCAUGAAUGAAGACAGCCUGCUGCACGCUCCCGAGUUUGUCAUCAAGCCUCGCUCUCACACCGUGUGGGAAAAGCAGUGCGUGCGCCUACAUUGUACCGUGAGCGGAUGGCCUGACCCAAGGGUCGUCUGGUACAAAAACAAUGUGGCAAUUGACCCCCUGACCAAUGGUGGAAAGUACAACAUUGAGAGCAAAUACAGCGUGCACUCACUGGAGAUCAACAGGUGCGAUUUUGAUGACACAGCCCAGUAUCGAGUAUCUGCCAUGAAUUCCAAGGGGGAGUUGUCUGCUUUCGCUUCAAUUGUUGUAAAGAGGUUCAAAGGUGAAGUUGACGAGUCCCUGCCUGCUCCAAGACAUGGUCCAGUGUCUGAGUAUGGCAUCACCUUCCAAACUCACAUUGCUGAUACGUUUGGUGUGUCAUUUGGGAGGGAGGGUGAGACCAUGAGUCUGGGAUGUGCGGUCGUCAUCUACCCCGCCUUGCCCCGCUACCAACCUGAGGUGCAGUGGUUUAGAGACGAUGUCCUACUCGGUCCGACCAAGUGGACACACAUGCAGUGGAGUGGAGACCGAGCCACGUUGACUCUCACACACCUGAACAAAGAGGAUGAAGGACUUUACACCUUGCGGGUCACCACCAAGUCUGGAUAUGAAACAUAUUCUGCUUACGUCUUUGUGAGAGACGCUGAUGCUGAAGUGCAAGGCGCACCAGGGGCCCCCCUCGAUGUUGGCUGUUUGGAUGCCAAUAAGGACUACAUCAUUGUCACCUGGAAGCAGCCAGCGGUUGAUGGGGGCAACUCUAUCCUUGGUUACUUUGUGGACAGAUGUGAAGUUGGAACCAACCACUGGAUCCAGUGCAACGACACUCCUGUCAAGUUUUCUCGAUUUCCUGUCACCGGAUUGGUGGAGGGCCGGUCUUAUAUCUUCCGUGUGCGCGCUGUCAACAAAAGCGGAAUGAGUCAUCCGUCCCGUGUGUCUGAACCCGUGGCCGCCAUGGACCCUGCUGACCGAGCCCGUAUGAGAGGUACCUCUGCUCCUUGGACUGGUCAAAUCAUUGUCACAGAAGAAGAACCUGCAGAGGGUAUUGUACCUGGCAGACCUCGCGACCUGCAGGUGACAGAAGCAACCAAGAACUAUGUGGUGCUCAGCUGGAGGCCACCUGGUGAGAAAGGCCUGGAGGGUGUCAUGUACUAUGUGGAGAAGUGUGUGUCCGGCACAGACACCUGGCAGAGGGUGAACACAGAGAUCCCAGUCAAGUCACCUCGUUUUGCUCUGUUCGACCUCGCUGAGGGGAACUCCUAUUGCUUCCGUGUCCGCUGCUGCAACUCUGCUGGCGUCGGUGAGCCGUCAGACCCCACUGAGGUCACGACGGUUGGAGACAAGCUGGACAUCCCCGCUGCUCCAAGCAAAGUUGUUCCUACAAGAAACACAGACACGUCAGUCGUAGUAUCCUGGGAAGCAUCCCUAGAUGCUAAAGAGUUGGUGGGCUACUACAUUGAAGCUAGCGUUGUGGGUAGCAACUCCUGGGAGCCCUGCAACAACAAACCUGUCAAUGUAACCAGGUUCAUCUGCCAUGGAUUGAUGACAGGAGAGACGUACGUGUUCAGGGUGAGGGCUGUAAAUGCCGCAGGACUCAGUCACUUUUCUAAGGAAUCAGAAGCUGUAGAGGUGAAGGCUGCAAUUGGGGGCGGCAUCCCUCAUGGUGUGUUGCCGGAGAUGGGGCCGGGGGGUAAAGCAGGCCAACUAACCCUGCACAGGCCACGCUGGAUGGGCACGCAUGACACUGUCCAGCUCUCCCCUGACACAAUGCAAUUGAGCAAAGCUCAGACUGACCCCGAGCACGGGCAGGGGCAGGCCCAGGUGGUAAACUCGGGCCCCUCACACCCCGCAGAGACAAACAACCAGCGGGCAUUAAGUGUGUCUCAGGCCCACAAUGUGGUGAACGAUCAGCUCUCACAGUCUGCGCCGGGCUCACUUUGUGAAGCACUUACUGACACAGAAGCACAAUUAGGCUCCAAUCACGCUGUAAAAACAGCCGAGAGGUCGGAGACUGAGCAGACAUGUGAGUUGUCAGUAGAUGCUUCUGCUAACCAGGAGCACACUCAGGGGCCCCACUCAGAGUCAGCAGCGUCCCCUGCUCCACCUUUUGGCAUCAGUGUACUGGAGUGUGUACGUGACUCAAUGGUGCUCGCCUGGAAACAGCCGGCCUUCGUGGGCGGGGCUGACAUCAGUGGAUACUUUGUGGAUUACCGCGAAAUCAUCGACGGAGUGCCGGGCAAGUGGCAUGAGGCUAACAUUAGGGCAAUCAGCGAAAGGGCCUACAGAGUGACGGACCUGAAGGAGAACAGAAAGUAUCAGUUUCAGGUUCGAGCAGCCAAUAUUGCAGGUGUUGGCAUUCCGUCACUUCCCAGCGACACGUUCCUGUGUGAGGAGUGGACUAUUGCUGUUCCAGGACCUCCUCAUGAUCUAGAACUCAGAGAGGUGCGACGUGACUCCAUGACUUUGCUAUGGAAACCACCAGUUUAUCAAGGUCGAGAUCCGGUCAAUGGCUUUUACGUCGAUAUAAAGGAAGCUGAAGCUCCAGAGGAAGCUUGGAGAGGAAUCAACACCAAGGCUACAGAGAACACCUUUUUCAAGGUCAAGAAUCUGAAGGAGGGAGAGACGUACAUUUUCCGUGUGCGAGCACAGAACCAAGCUGGUGUAGGAAAGACUUCUGACAUCUCAGAGAGGGUCCAAGCUCUGACCAAGCCAGGCACCAAGGAAAUAGUUGUGGAUGUUGAUGAUGAUGGCAACAUCUCCCUAAACUUUGAAUGCAGCAACAUGACCCCUGACUCAAAAUUCUUGUGGUCUAAAAAUUAUGAGGAUAUCCCCGACUAUUCACGCAUGACUGUGGAGACCAAAGGAAACAAGUCAAAGGUGACUUUCAGAUGUCCCGGAGAGGAAGACAUUGGCAUUUAUUCAUGUCUUGUCAGUAACACUGACGGUGCGUCAUCCAGCUACACUAUCUCAGAGGAAGAGAUGAAGAGACUGCUGGAGAUCAGCCAUGAUCACAAGUUCCCAACUAUUCCCCUCAAGUCAGAUCUGGCAGUGGAGAUGCUGGAAAAGGGCAGAGUUCGCUUUUGGCUGCAGGCUGACAAGAUAUCGGCCAACGCCAAAGUCGAUUACAUUUUCAACGACAAUGUUGUGUCUCAGGGCGAGAAAUACAAGAUGAACUUUGACAAGAACACCGGUGUGAUUGAAAUGAUCAUGGAGUCUCUGACACCAGCAGAUGAAGGAACCUUCACCUUUCAGAUGCAAGAUGGGAAAGCAACCAACCAGUCCAGCCUGGUACUGAUAGGAGACGUGUUCAAGGAUCUGCAGAAGGAAUCUGAGUUCCAGAGGAAAGAAUGGUCCAGAAAACAAGGUCCUCACUUUAUUGAAUAUUUGGGUUACGAGGUGACACCAGAAUGUUGUGUUGUACUGAAGUGCAAGGUGGGAAACAUAAAAAAGGACACCUCAGCUCUCUGGUAUAAAGACGGCCGCGAGAUUAAGGCAGAUGAAAAUCUGGGCUUUACAGAAGGAGUACUGAAACUGGAAAUAGCUCAGAUUUCGAAGAAGGAUGCUGGCGUGUAUGAGAUUGUUUUGAAGGACGACAGAGGAAAGGACACUUCAGCGUUAAGUCUGACCGACCAAGGUUUCAAAGACCUGAUGAAUGAAGUGUUUGACUAUAUCGCUAACUCUUCCACACCGUUGAAGAUCACGAGCACAGAGGAAGGCAUUCGCAUCUAUACCUUUGUCAGCUACUACAACGACCUGCUGCCAGUCACAUGGCAUUACAAGGAUUCACCAAUUAAAUUCAGUGACCGCCUCAAGAGCGGCGUGGUGGGCGAGCAGUUGUGGUUGCAAAUCUCAGAGCCCACUGAGAAGGACAUGGGAAAGUACGCCAUUGAGUUCAGCGACAGCAAGGGAGGCCUAAGGCGGACCGUGGAGCUGUCAGGUCAAGCAUAUGAAGACGCCUUAGCAGAAUUCAAGAGACUCAAAGCGACUGCUGUUGCAGAAAAACAUCGCGCUCGAGUGGCAGGAGGCCUCCCAGAUGUGGUCACCAUCCAGGAGGGCAAGGCCCUCCAGCUCACCUGCAAUAUUUCGGGCGACCCUCUCCCGGAGGUGACCUGGCUAAAGAAUGAGAAGGAGCUGACAUCGGACGAGCACUGCAUCCUCAAGUUAGAUUCGGGCAAGUUUGCUAGCUUCACCAUCACAGGUGUGAGCACGUUGGACACGGGCAAGUACAGCAUCCUGGUGAAGAACAAGUACGGAACGGAGAGCGCAGACUUUACCCUGGAAGUGACCGAGGGAACGCCCGACUUGGGCAUGACAUCCUACUUGACUGAUGCAGCGGGUAACGUAACGUUUGGUCCGAACGCUUCAAAGAAAAUGAAAAGUACAGUCACAGCAACGAAAGUGCAGAAGACAAAAGUUCCAGUGGGAAAGAUGGAGAAGAAUCAAACACAGAAGCCAGGAGAAGACGAAAACUUUAUAGACAAAGUUACAUUGGAACCCAAAAGUGACCCUGGUGACCACAUGGCGACCUCUAAAGACACUACUUGAAGAAAAUACAAAGCAUUAAUAGUAUACACAUACAAUAUCAUUGAAUAGCAUACACAGUGACUAAUAUUCUAUUCAUAACCAUCAAAUAUAUGUAUUGUU